AUGCCCUCAAAAAAAAAUUCAGAUCGGCAUUCUUAUGCGGAUAUGACGGAAAAUAGCGGCCUCGUGCCGCUCAACACCACCGACGCGAUGAGUUUGACAACGACGAAACACCCGUUGUGCUCAGCGCCCGACGAUUUCAAGCUCGUCGAGCGCUUCUGGCUGUGUGUCGUUGUCGGCGUCACCGUUUCGACAAUGUCAAUUCUAUUCAACUCGUUCAUUUUCGUCGUGUUCAGCUUAAAUCGUCAACAUCGAAAAUCGCCGAAUCUCUACCUUCUACUUCUUUCAAUGUUUGACGUGUUCAUCGCCUUCGCCUACAUCGCCGUGCUUUCGGUUCGCGUGCUCACCAACUUCACCGCCAGCGUUUUGCUCAAGUCCAUAUGGGUGAAAUACAUGGUCCCUAUGCUCGCAGUAUCUCAUAUCGGUAUCACCUCAUCCACUUUUCUGAUCUGCUUCGUCUCGAUUGAACGCUACUGCAUCACCGUCAACAAUUUUCUGGUGCCCCAUCUACAGCGUCAUCGUCCGUUUCUCGCCUUUUUGGCGGUCAUGUGCGGUGUGGUGAGCAAAGGAACGAUUCUGAAAGAAGUUACGAUUAACACUGAUGAGGAUUGCGCUGGCGAGCUCAAUUAUUGGAGAGUUGAGCCAUCGCAAUUAGUCCUGCGAAAUCCGAAUUUCAAUAUUUAUUGGAGAUUUUAUUUUAGAAACAUUUUCACCAUUCUCGCGCCAUUCUUCAUUCUCCUCCUCGUCAACUGUCUCCUCCUUUACCGACUGCAAGAGCACGUGAAAAAGAGCAAAUACAUCGAGCAGAGCGACAAACAGGUGGUGAAAAUGAAGAAGGCGCGAAUUCGCGCGGCGACCCGCUCGCUCGUCAUUAUCAUUUGCACAUAUCUGUUCUCGAACGUCCUGUCGGUUAUAAUCACAAUUUGGGAGUAUAUUGAUAGCGCGAGUUUGUUCGCGGAAAGAUACCAAUCGUUCUACGUUCUUUCGGUCGACGUGAUCUCGAUUCUGACGAUCGUCGCCUCAUGCCUCCGAUUGCCAAUUUACGCGAUAUGCCAGCCGCUUCUUCGAAAAGAGAUGAAUGAGUGCCUACUUCGAUUUUGCGGUUGCGGCGGCGGCGAGAUGCGCAAAAAGAAAAUGGAGGUGGUCGUCGAGGCGAAGCCGCUUCAAUCGAGCCAACUCAUCAAUCCGAUCGACAGCGAUUCGACGAGCGUCGGCAGUCGAAUCGAGUUCGUCUAA